ACCAUGCAGGACAUCUAGUUUAACAUGAGGGAAGUGGAUGGUAGAAUUACAAGAAGGGAAUCAGACAAGAAUAUUUGAAAAUUUUCAAAUGGAAAGAGAGGUAUUUUAUCAAUUGUGUAAUUUGCUGAAACUGGAUGAAAAGUUUCGGUUCAAGAGCAGGUUGCAAUAUUUUUGUAUAUUGUUGGCGGUGACAUUCGAAACAGAAAUGUCCAAGAAAGAUUUCAACAUUCCGGCGAGACUAUUUCAAAAUACUUCAAGAAGGUGUUAAAAGCUGUUACAAUGAUGUCCAUUGAUUGGGUAAGGCCUCAACUGAGUAAUGGUGUGCAUCCAUAUAUUCGACGCAACUGCAAAUAUUAUCCUUAUUUCAAGGAUUGUAUUGGAGCAAUUGACGGAACACACAUCAAAGCAUAUAUAUCUCCAGAUAAGCAAGCUCAUUUAAUAGGUAGAAAGGGGUAUGCGACUCAAAACAUAAUGGCCACAUGUGACUUUGAUAUGUGUUUCAAAUUUUGCUUACCAGGAUGGGAAGGAAGUGCACAUGAUACACGGAUCCUCUUAGAUACAAUUAGGAAUCCUAGUUAUAAUUUUCCAAAACCACAAGGAGAUGAGUUUUACUCGGUGGAUGCUGGGUAUCCAAACAUGAAAGGAUAUCUUGUAGCUUACAAAGGAGAGAGAUACCAUCUAGCUCAAUUUGAACAUGGUCAACCCCCUCAAAAUUCACAAGAAAAAUUCAACCAAGCACAUUCAUCGCUUAGAAUUGUAAUAGAAAGAACGUUUGGGGUUUGGAAAGUAAGAUGGCCGAUGAUAAAGGAUAUCCCACCAAACUACAAGUGGUCGACCCAAGUUAAAUUUGUUUGUGCAAUAAUGGCAAUUCAUAAUUUCAUCCGACGAAGUGAGUUCUACGAUAUUGCAUUUGACUCUUAUGAUAGAUUCAUGGAUAAUGUGCCUAAUGAAGAGAAAGGAUCUUCAUCUCAACAUGCACGCCAUGGAAAUGAUGUUGCAUGUGAUGAUAACGAGAUGUAAGUGAGGAGACAUAAUAUUUGUAUGUCAAUUUGCAGACGAAAUUAGGAGUUCUUUAAAUAUCUAAGAAGUUU